AUGGCAGACCCCAACACCGCAACAGCCGGCAACGGCACGGCCAAGCAGCCCGUUGUCUGCGUAUUCUGCGGCGCCUCCCAGGGCACCUCACCAGUGCACAUGGCCGCCGCCCGCGCCCUUGCCCACGCCCUCCACGCCGCCAACACCAAGCUCGUCUACGGCGGCGGCACUGUCGGCCUCAUGGGCGAAGUAGCCCGAACCCUCGUCUCGCUCAGCGGGCCCGACAGCGUCCACGGCAUCAUCCCCGCACCCCUCGUCAAAUUCGAACAAAACUAUGACCCCAACGAUCCGUCUGGCCACUCCAUUGACGCCUCUGUAUACGGUCGCACAACCAUCGUCAAAGACAUGCACACGCGCAAGCAAGCCAUGGCCCAGGAGGUCAUCAAUGGUGGACCUGGUGGUGGUUUCGUUGCGCUGAGUGGCGGCUACGGCACAUUUGAGGAGCUGAUGGAGGUUACGACGUGGAAUCAGCUGGGCAUACAUAGCAUGCCCGUCAUCGUCUUCAAUGUGGAUGGCUAUUGGACGGGCUUGAUUGACUGGGUGAAGAAUGCAGUGACGAGUGGAUUCAUUGCGCCGACGAAUGCGGGCAUCCUGGUCGAGGCCUUGAGUGCCGACGAGGUUAUGACACAUCUGAGGGACUAUGAGAAUGCGCCGGGGAGGUUCAAUUUGACCUGGAACGAACAGUAG